UGAAAUCAGAAUGUUAAGAAUAAUGAUUAUAAAAAUCAAUUACAAAUUAAUAAAAGAUGUAUUCAUGGGUUAUUUUUAUAAUUUGAUUCCUAUGAAAUUGUUAGUUAUUGAAACAACUAUUCGUUAAGGGGCCCAAGGCAAAAAAACUGUGGGGAAGAACCUGUUUAUCAAGCCCAGUGCCUCAAGCAUGAUAAGGAGCCCCUGUGCUGUUUACCUGAGAAGUUCGUCAUCCUGCAAUUUCUAUGUUUUCACAGAAGAUUAAGCGUGGCCCAUUUGGUCUUGUGGGUCUCAAAAACUUCUCUGUUUCAUCAAACUGUCCUCCUUUAUGCAUUAACUUGUAUGACUCUUCCAAAAUAUUGAGCAAUUACUUUAAAUCCGGAAGGGUUGAAGAUGCUGAGAAGUUGUUCGAAGAAAUUCCCCAGAAGAACGUUGUUACUUAUUCUAUCAUGAUUCAUGGGUAUGCCAAAAAUGGGUUUCACUAGAAGUCAAUGAAAUCGUUUUCCCAAAUGCAAAAAUGGGGCUUGCUUCCUAAUUCUUUCACCAUAGUUGGUCUUCUUGUUAGUGUUGUAGUACCACAAUCAGUUCAUGGACUAAUUGUUAAGAGUGGGUUGGAGUCUGAUUUGAUUGUGAGCACUGCAUUAUUAGAUGCAUAUGCGAAGUAUGGAAAUAUUUUUUGUUCUUAUAAAUUGUUCCAGAGAUUGGAUAACCCAAGUUUAGUUUCAUGCAACGCGAUUAUUGCUGGCUUUGUAUAUAAUGAGCUCUUUGAAGAGGCAGUCUCAUUGUUUAAUCGAUUUAGGAAGUCUGGUAUGGUACCUAAUGUUGCAACAAUAUUGACUCUAAUUCAGGGUCUUGUUGCUUUGGGGUUGAGAACACUUUGUGAAUCCAUCCAUGGUUUAGUUGUAAAGUUUGGUCUUUCAGACAUAUCUGUGAAUAAUUCAAUUCUUGAUAUGUAUUCAAGUUUGAAGGACUUAAGUGCCACUAAAAAAACUUUUGACAUGAUGGGAUGCAAAGAUAUUAUCAGCUGGACUACUUUGAUCGGUUUGUAUGUUCGCCUUGAUUAUGCUUCUGAUGCUUUUCAGCUCUUUGGUAAAAUGAGAGAAAGUGGAAUCAAAUACGAUGUAGUAGUCAUUAUGUGUCUGUGUUCUGCAUGUGGGAUUCUGGGAGAUUUGAAGAAAGGAAAACAAAUCCACGCACAAGCUGUAAUUGGUGGAUUUGGAUCAGAAGUUGCUUUCACAAAUUCUCUUAUUUCAAUGUACUGCAAGUGUGGUGACUUGGGGUCUUCAAGAAAUGUUUUUUAUCAAACACCGGUGAAGAGUUCAAUUUCAUGGUCCGCAAUUAUUUCUGCAUAUCUGCAAAACGGAUGCCCAGGAAAGGGUUUGGAUCUAUGGAUUAAAGUGAGACUGGAAGAAAACUUCUGUCUUGAUUCAAUAAUGUUGGUGAGUGGCUUAAUUACUUCAGGGGAACUUGCUGCUCUAGAGCUUUGCCUGCAGCUCCACAGCUAUGCUUUUCAAGCUGGUUUCUCUCAAUACAGGUCUGUCCAGAAUACUCUCAUAUCAGCAUACUCGAAGUGUGGGAAUAUAGAGCUUGCCUACUAUGUCUUUAAGGAGAUGGCUUACCUUCGUGACAUUGUAUCUUGGAAUAUCAUUUUAUAUGGCUGUGGAAUAAAUGGUCGUGGAGAAGCUGCUCUUGCUCUUUACCAUGAGAUGAGAAGUAGCGAGGAAGAUCCUGAUGGCACAACCUACUUAUGCGUUUUAAAUGCUUGUAGUCACUCAGGUUUGGUAGAUGAUGGUUUGAUGCUGUUAAGUUGUCUAGUGGAAGAGAAUAAAAUAAGGCUGAGCCAAGAGCACUAUGGAUGUGUGGCUGAUUUGCUUGCACGAGCUGGCUGCUUGCAAGAGGCUAGUGAGUUUGCUAACAAAUUAUUAGAAGGCACAGGUCCAAAUGUUUGGAGAGCAUUGCUUAGUGGAUGUCAGCUUCAUCAUAAUGUGGCCCUUGCAGAACUUGCUGCAAGAAAGGUGUUUGAGGAGGAUCCACAAAAAUCUGGUCAAGUUGUGCUUCUCUCAAAUAUAUAUGCAUCAAGUGGAAGGUUUGAGGAUGCUGAAUCAUUAAGAUGGAAUCUGAGGUUGAGUGGAUUGGUAAAAGAUCCAGGAAUUAGCUUUUUCAAUGGGAUCCCUUAUGACUUUGGUUGAGAAUUGAUAAGUUCAGACUAAAAACUUAACCAAGGUGUUGAAAUUACUAGAGAAUUGGCCAAUGAGCUCUGGCAAAGGCAUGUUGGGCUUAGACUUGAAUCAGAGAAUAAGUGAUAAGCGGAUGGAUUUGCCAAAAGUUCCUGUUCAUUCCAGCAUUUCCAAUCCCGCAGCAAGACGAAUAACAAUUUUUUACUUCCAAUGGUUCCUCGGCUGAAUAAAGGAACUAUAAGGUCAACGGGUUAAUCUUGUAACCAUCAUUCUAGAACAUCAAAAAAGAAGUCCAGAUGGUUAUUUGAAAGUGCCAGUUAAAGGAAGGUUCAGCACUUUAUAAUGUAGAUUUGAUACUUGAGUUUGAUCUCAACAUGAUUGAUAGUGUUCUUGAUGGAGCUGCCAUUAUGAUAUUGGCUGAGCAGAUUACAAUUUCAUCUGGUACACUUGCCCUAAAAGAUAUGUCCUGCAGUUUAAGUUGAAGCAGAGAUAACAAUGAAUCAGGUCAAGUGGGUAGAAAGAGUAGACAAAUUCUUGAGAUUAAAAUGAACACCAUCCUAAACGUAGUAAAAAGAUACUUAUAGACAGUGGAUUUUGCAAAAUGGUUAUCCAAUAAAUCAUUUUUCUUGUUUAUUUCCAAUGCAAUACAUUCUAGUUCUUCAGUUACCGACUACAUGAAGAUGAGCAAUGAAAAAUGGGAAUCAAGGUCUUGCCGAUCGAUGGUUGUAAACAAUAAUCAAUCUCAGUAAACUUGGUCCUGCUUUGAGGUAUAUUGCUUUGGUUAAGCUGAUUUUGGAGGAUAUAGGAGAACUGAUUUCUAAUCCAAUUAAUGGUCAUCUGAUAUUUAAAUGAGAGUUAAUUAAAUUUCAGAUCUUUAACCAACCAAAAGCUGAUUCUUUGUUGUUUUUGUUUCUGUGAAUGUUACAAAGUGAAAGAAGUUCCUUGCUCUCUCUUUCUCAACUUUAGCAAAAUGGGAGUAAUGGCAAGUACAAGGGCAAAGGCAGGGGGGUCGAGGGCCUACCGCUUGAUUCGGUUUGUAGACCAUACCACAUUGAUUGGAGAUUGGCAUGUUGAUGUACUGAUGACUCAGACUUAGAGCCAGAAAAUAUCUUAAUAUUCAAUCUACCAGUUGAUAUCACUUGUGAUACUCACUGUUGGAUGGAUCUUGUUUAUGAGAAGAACUUUAAGUGCAACCUAGUGGGGCAAGCUGCGGCAAUCUGAUUGGACUAUAUUCAAGUUGCUAGAUCUGUUCUCCUCCAUUUUCGAUGAAUCAGAAGAAAGGAUUUAUAUCUUUUCAGAGAUGGCGGGGGACCUUGCAUGGUAAUGGAUUGGACAGCACCCACCAAACUUAGCCAAGAAAGGAGUCAUUCCUCUUUCUGAGCUUCUUUUGUAACGCCGAAGUCAUGAGGAUAUCAGAUAAUCUGGCAUCCAACUGGAAUUACAUCUGGUCUUCUAGCUUCUGGAUCAUCAAGUUCUUAGAAGUUGGUGGUUUUUUCUCUCCAUUCCAAGGGUACUCUAACCUCACCCUUUGGAUUCUCUCUGCAACAAUCUCUUUCUUUCUAAUAUUCGUUGCUCUUCUCGUAGAGGCCGUAGCAACGCUUGGAUCCAAAGUUGUAUUUGUUCACGAGAAGACAUGCAAAGGAGGAAUAUGUUGUCAUGGUUACCAUCAUUGUCCCAUUGAUUGUGAAGAAUACUUGAAAGAAUUCAUGUGGGCAAUAUAGCUUGGCUUUGGAAAAGAUGGUGACAAUUGAAUUUAUGAUUUUGACCCUUGUUUUUUAUAUUCUCAAGGACAUAAAACAUUGGUUAUUGGUUUAGUGAUGGCCAAUUUUUAUAUUCCCAGUUUGGUAUAGAAGUGUAACGUAGAUGGAAACCAAAUCUAUAUUUGUUCUGCUCUAGUUCACAAGGAAUUGACUUGUUACUAGUUUGCUAA